GCAUUUGCUAUAAUGACUACUAAAGUUCCACCAGAUGGUGGAUAUGGAUGGGUGGUAACAUUUGCUUACGCCUUAAAUAACGUAGUUGUGCUUCCCCUUAUCGCUGGUUUUGGUCUAGUAUUUCAAGAGGCUUUUGAGGAGACAGAAAUAUCAGCAGCUCAGGGAACAUUAAUUAUUACCCUUAACCAUGGCAUUGGCAUGUUGCUUUCGUUCUUCGGAGGUCCAGUGCUUCGGAGAUGGGGUUACAGAAAAGUUGCUGUGUUUGGUGCAUUGAUGGUCUCUUCCGGACUUAUUUUGACUUCUAUGGCCAGCAACUUUUGGGUCUUCGUACUGUCGUAUAGUAUUAUUAAUUCAAUGGGAGUAGCCGCAGUCAUGGCUGCUUUCACUCUAGCAAUUAACUCAUAUUUCAAAGAGAAAAGAGGUAGAGCAAUAGGUGUCGGCAUGUCGAUUACAGGCUUAGGUACAAUCCUGAUGCCUAUGUUAAUGAGCGCUCUAAUGUAUUCUUAUGGUUGGAGAUACGCGGUACUAAUUUUGGGUGGUUUAUGUCUCCAUUCUUUUUCGGCUGCUCUCUUGUUGAGACCAGCAAAGUGGUAUUUAAAAGAGCCUACAGUUUUAGAAGAAAUGAAACCAUUGAAUAAAGAAAACAAUGAAGAAUUGAUCAAUGGUAGCGUUACAGCUUCAUCUAAACUAACUGAUUCUAUAUCUCUGGCAAAACAUGAAGAACCAAUAGAAAAUGGCGUGCACUCAAAAAGUUUGUCAAUGAGAUCUUUAAAGAACACCAAUAAUAUACAAACGAGGAACGCUGUUUCACAUCCAGAUAUAAGUAAAAAACCACCAGAUCCUCCGCUAUCGGAGUCACGUUAUAAAUGGUGGGAAUCUCAAGAGAUUAAUUUGGGAAGUUCUAUUAACAUAUUCUACGAAGAAGAUAAUAUUAAACAGCUUAAAGCAAAACAAAAUGAGAUUUACAUCAAUGAAGAUGAAAAACCUAAAAGUAUCUGGAAUAGAUUCAUUGAUUUCUUCGAUUUAACUUUAUUAAGUGAUCCUAUAUUCGUCAACAUCAUGUUUGGUCUGUCAAUGGCUGCGUGUGUGGAAAUAAAUUUUUCCUUACUAUUACCAAUAAUCCUGAAGGACAUGUUAAAAUUUGAGACGGCUGAUAUAGCAAAACUUAUGGCUGUUAUAGGAUUUUCAGAUACAUUGUUCCGCUUUGUGUCUCCCUUUAUUGGUGAAUGGUGUCACAAACCACCAAGAGUGAUGUAUUUAAUUAGCUUAAUUAUGAUAAUCUUCAUUCGUAGCCUGAUGCUGGUUACUACGUCUUUCACGGGGAUGUUAUUCGUAUCGUUGGCCAUUGGAGUGACGAAAGGCGUUCGCACUGUAUAUAUGAACAUCGUUAUCCCGAGCUACGUACCCUUGGAGCGACUGCCCUUCGCAUCUGGCAUACAGAUGUUCUUCAACGGAAUCGUGAUUAUUACCCUUGGAUCAUUACUAGGUCGCAUGCGAGAGGCUUCGGGCACAUACAGGCUGCCUAUAAUAGUGUUAAACUUCGUUACAUUUGUCACCGUCGCGAUGUGGAGUAUGGAAUUCUUGUAUUUUAGAAUAAGAAAGAAAACUUCAGAUGAAACUAUUGCUGCUUAAAUAUUCUUUAUGUUUACGAAAUGUUGUAUGUAUUUUUGUCUGCGGUUCCUCUGGUAUUGCUGAUGUCCAAGGGCGUUGAACACCUCGUUCCCCCUACUCGUUUGCCCCCUUCUGUUAUAUUAUAAAAAAUAUUUCCCAAAUUUCUAUGUAGAUUUAAGAUGUUUGUAAAUAAAAUUGUAAUUUUAAUUGUUUUAA